AUGCUGGUCCGAGAUUCGAAAGGAACAGCGGUCUUCGCAUAUGGCUCGUGUUGCGGAACUGCUUUUGCCCAGAUCGCUCGCGUCACGCUGUUCAUCGCUAAGCGCAGCCCUCUCUUUGACAAGCUAUGCAUUAGAGAGCCACCAAAAAUGCUGUACUCCAUGAUUGCGGUUCUUUUGGCGAUCGGUUUCGUGACCGAUUUUGGCGACGCUCAGAUACUGCAACCGAGUUUCAUUGGCGGCUCGCUGGCAAUGUCCUGUGAUUCAGACAUAAUCUGGGCAACAGAUCCACUGGUUGAUGCAGUCGCAUUGCACCAAGGCAAAGAGCGAUGCCUGUCGGCGACAACUCCAGAAAAGAAAGCUUGCAACCGUGGCGAUGACGGCUUGUCCUGCACUUACACAGCAAUAUCGGAAAUGGGUGGUCUGCCGCCUGGCUUCUAUAAUUUCGAAGGCGGUGAUCCGUGUGUGGCCCUUGGAACGCUUUCGGGCAUGCUGAUGCAGAGACAAGACUUACUGGGCAUGGUCGACCCGACAACGUCGCCGCUGUUCUUGAACGCACUCACCCAGAUGCAGCAGGCACGACAAUAG